AUGACUACCGAACUCAAUGAAUGCAGCAUCAAGGUGCUCUGUAGGUUCCGGCCCUUGAAUCAGUCGGAGAUCAUACGGGGAGAUAAAUUCAUCCCGGUUUUCCAGGGCGAUGACACAGUCAUCAUUGGGGGCAAGCCUUAUGUCUUUGACCGGGUCUUCCCACCCAACACCACACAGGAACAAGUGUAUCAUGCCUGUGCCAUGCAGAUUGUCAAAGAUGUGCUGGCUGGGUACAAUGGAACCAUCUUUGCCUAUGGGCAGACAUCUUCUGGAAAGACUCACACCAUGGAGGGCAAGCUGCAUGAUCCCCAGCUCAUGGGCAUCAUCCCACGCAUUGCCCAAGACAUCUUCAACCAUAUCUAUUCCAUGGAUGAGAAUCUGGAGUUCCAUAUUAAGGUUUCUUACUUUGAAAUUUACCUGGACAAAAUCCGUGACCUGCUAGAUGUGACGAAGACCAGUCUCUCCGUUCAUGAGGAUAAGAACCGUGUGCCAUUUGUGAAGGGUUGCACUGAACGGUUUGUCUCCAGUCCUGAAGAAAUCCUGGAUGUUAUUGAUGAAGGAAAAUCCAACCGCCACGUGGCUGUCACCAACAUGAAUGAGCACAGUUCUCGGAGUCACAGCAUCUUCCUUAUCAACAUUAAGCAGGAGAACAUGGAGACUGAGCAAAAACUGAGUGGGAAGCUUUACCUGGUGGAUUUGGCUGGCAGUGAAAAGGUCAGCAAGACUGGAGCUGAGGGAGCUGUGUUGGAUGAGGCCAAGAACAUCAAUAAAUCUCUGUCGGCACUUGGGAAUGUUAUCUCAGCUCUGGCUGAGGGCACAAAAAGCUAUGUGCCCUACCGAGAUAGCAAGAUGACCCGUAUCCUGCAGGACUCCCUCGGUGGGAACUGCCGCACAACAAUGUUUAUCUGCUGCUCUCCUUCCAGCUAUAAUGAUGCUGAGACCAAAUCUACUCUCAUGUUUGGGCAGCGGGCCAAGACAAUCAAGAAUACAGCAUCAGUGAAUCUGGAACUGACAGCAGAACAAUGGAAGAAGAAAUUUGAGAAGGAGAAGGAGAAGAACAAGAACCUCAAGGAGACAAUUGCCAAGUUGGAGGCUGAGCUAGGACGUUGGCGCAAUGGUGAGAAUGUCCCAGAAACAGAACAGUUGAGUGAUGAGGAGAAGGUGGUACCUGACACUUGUGAUGAGACACCCAUUAAUGAUAACAACUCCUCCAUCGUCAUCCGGAUCUCAGACGAGGAGAGGCAUAAGUAUGAGGAGGAGAUCCGCAAACUCUACAAGCAGCUUGAUGAUAAGGAUGAUGAAAUCAAUCAGCAGAGCCAACUGAUGGAGAAAUUAAAAGAGCAGAUGCUGGACCAGGAGGAGCUGCUAAUAUCCACUCGUGGGGACAAUGAAAAAGUGCAGCAGGAACUAAGCCAUCUGCAGUCUGAGAAUGAUUCUGCUAAGGAGGAGGUGAAGGAGGUAUUGCAAGCUCUGGAGGAACUGGCUGUCAACUACGAUCAGAAAUCCCAGGAGGUAGAAGAGAAGAGUCAGCAGAAUCAGCUGUUGGUGGAUGAGUUGUCUCAGAAAGUGGCCACCAUGUUGUCUUUGGAAUCAGAGUUGCAACGCCUACAGGAGUUCAGUGGGCACCAGCGCAAACGCAUUGCUGAGGUCCUCAACGGCCUUAUGAAGGAUCUGAGUGAAUUCAGCGUCAUUGUGGGCAAUGGUGAGAUCAAACUGCCAGUAGAGAUUAGUGGUGCCAUUGAGGAAGAAUUUACUGUUGCCCGACUCUACAUCAGCAAGAUCAAAUCAGAAGUGAAGUCUGUGGUGAAACGUUGCCGCCAGCUGGAAGGUCUUCAAGUUGAAUGCCACCGCAAGAUGGAGGUGACAGGACGGGAACUGUCUUCCUGCCAGCUUCUCAUUUCUCAGCAUGAAGUCAAGAUCCGUUCGCUUACUGAGUACAUGCAGAGUGUGGAGCUGAAGAAACGGAACCUGGAAGAAUCCUAUGAUGCUCUGAGUGAAGAGUUAGCUAAACUGCAGGCCCAAGAGACGGUGCAUGACGUUGGCAAGGAGCAGGACCUGAUACAAGAUACAGAUGAAGUAAAAAAGGCCUUGGAAGUGCAGCUAGAGAGUCACCGCGAAGCCCACCACAAGCAGUUGGCACGCCUACGUGAUGAGAUCAACCAGAAGCAGAAAAUCAUUGAUGAGCUUAAAGACUUAAACCAGAAGUUAGAGCUUGAACUGGAAAAACUUCGUGCUGACUAUGAGAAACUCAAGAAUGAGGAGCAAGAGAAAACACAAAAGCUUCAGGAGCUGACAUUUCUCUACGAGCGCCAUGAGCAGUCCAAGCAAGACCUCAAGGGGCUGGAGGAGACCGUUGCCCGUGAACUCCAGACCCUCCACAACCUUCGCAAGCUGUUCGUUCAAGACGUCACGACUCGAGUUAAGAAAAGUGCGGAGUUGGAACCCGAGGACAGUGGGGGGGCUCAUUCCCAGAAACAGAAGAUUUCCUUUCUUGAGAACAACCUGGAACAGCUUACAAAAGUUCACAAACAGCUGGAUCGCUGGGUCUCCAAGCUGGUUCGUGACAAUGCAGAUCUGCGUUGUGAGCUUCCUAAACUGGAGAAACGUCUUCGGGCUACGGCUGAGAGAGUUAAGGCCCUGGAGGGUGCACUGAAGGAAGCCAAGGAAGGGGCAAUGAAAGACAAGCGCCGCUACCAGCAGGAGGUAGACCGCAUCAAGGAAGCAGUGCGCUACAAAAAUAGCAUGAAGCGCAAUCACACUGCACAGAUUGCAAAACCAGUGCGACCAGGGCACUAUCCAGCUUCAUCCCCGACCAAUCCUUAUGGUGUCCGUAAUUCUGAUUGCAUCAGCUACACCAAUAGCCUCUUCCAGAAUUAUCAAAAUGCCUACCUGAAUUCUGGUGGCACUGUGCCUGACAGCUACUUUACAAGUGCACCUUCCAGCAGUGGAAACAACUCCUCCACUGCCCCUCUGACCUCCUAUCAGAAGCUCAAUAUGGAUAAUGGAAAUGCCACAGACAUCAAUGAUAACAGAAGUGACCUGCCCUGUGGUGUUGAAGCUGAUGAGCAAGCCAAGCUCUUUCCCUUUCAUCAGGAGACUGCAGCCAGCUAA